GUUAAUCGCGGGAUGGGCGCGUUGUAUCAAGUAUAAAUGUUGUCCCACACACCACCUUAAACCCAUCAUCUUAUUCACACUUUCAUAUACUUUACUUUCUGAAGCUCCACUUACACACUUUGUUUCACUUCCCAAUUCCGAUCAUGGCUGAAGAGAAUCAGAACAAAUAUGAGACCUCUCAGAGCACCGAAACGGAGAUCAAGGAUCGCGGUGUUCUUGAUUUCCUCGGCAAGAAAAAGGAAGAAGAAAAGCCUCAAGAGGAAGUCAUCGUCACUGAGUUCGGAAAGGUGACAGUGUCUGAGGACAAAAAAGAAGACGAAGGAGAGAAGAAACACACCCUCUUCCAGAAGCUUCACCGAUCUGACAGCAGCUCAAGCUCCUCAAGCGAGGAGGAAGGAGAAGGAGGGGAGAAGAAGAAGAAGAAAAAGAAGGAAAAGAAAGGGCUGAAAGAGAACGUUGGUGGUGAUGAUCAUCACAAGGAGGAGGACACGAGUGUUCCAGUUGAGAAAGUUGAGGUAAUUGAUGCAGCACAUCCUGAGGAAAAGAAGGGUUUCCUCGACAAAAUUAAGGAGAAGCUACCAGGUGGUCACAAGAAGACAGAGGAGGCAACGGUCCCUUCCCCUGCACCUGCAGCAUCAUAUGAGCAUGGUGAGGGUGGUCAUGAAGGUGAGGCCAAGGAGAAGAAAGGUAUUUUAGAGAAGAUAAAAGAGAAGCUUCCUGGUUAUCAUCCCAAGACAGAGGAAGAGAAAGAAAAGGACAGUGCUUCUCACUGAGGUUAUGAUUCAGACAUUCAAGAUGGUUGUGGUGUGCUUUGCUUUAAUUUCAUGAUGAGCUUUUCUUUCUGUUUCUUGAUGCAUACCGUGUUGUUCUGUAUCUUUUACGUAUACAUUGAAGUUUGCGUAGGAUUCCUUUUGUUUUUUUGAUAAAUUUGUUUGGGGUAAAAAGAACAAAAAAUGUAUUGAAAGAAAAAGAAUGGAGUAAUGUAUUUUAUUUGUGUUUUGAAAUUUCUUUUUUAAU